UAGAAGUAUUUUAUGUGAGGUUAUUUAAAUGGAGUGACAUGGUAGGAGUGUUAUAGGGCUUGUUUGUGAUGGGGUGUAGUUGUAUCGAAAAUUUCUUAUGAGAAUCGUUCGUCUCCUAGCAUUUUGUUUUUACGCUUGUGCUAGUGUUACACCAUGGGAUAGAUCAAACAGCCAAAAAUUAUUUAUAAUACCAAAGCUCAAAGUUAUAUUAUAAAUGGGAAGUGCAAUUAACUCUGUAGAGUCUUUUGAAAGCAACGAAAUACACUCAAGAAUAUGGGUCAAGGAAGUAGGUGGAGAACUAUUAGGUGUUGGGUAGUCGGUAGAAGAAUGAUUGGCUAGAUCAUUUGCUUCAUUGCGGAAGAUCCCUUCCACGCUACAUUCCGAAUUAAAAGCGGUCAUAUUUUUGUCGCCUGUUAGCUGCACCAGGCCAAGAGAAGGCAAACUACUCAACAAAGAGUCAUCUGUUCCUUGGCGGGCAGAGUUACCGAGUUCCAGUUGCUGGUGAGUAGGUACACAAUGAUAUAGUUGAGGUGCAAGAUAACCCGACACUACCAUCAUCAGAAAAGAGAAAAAAAGAGGAAAGACUAAAGAAAACAACGAAUUUGAGUACAAACAAUUUUUUAAUAGAAAAAGUAAAGUUCACACUUUAGAGAAGUUUAGUAAGCAUGUAGCAUAAACAUUCUUCAUUCUUCAGGUCAAAAUUGUGUUUAGAGUGUGUUUAUAGGUGUAGUACACAUUUUGAUUCAGUUCAAAAUCGACUCGGAAGAAUCUCGCUUCUUUGGUGCUACAUGAGGCUUUGCAUGCUCAAGGCAUGCACUAUUUUCAGGAAAUUAGAUCCUUAUUGGAGCUUGGCCUCCUUAUGGUUUGUGCCUGUUUCAGCUUUAUCUCACACUCAUAAUUUGAUGCUAUCUUGGGAGUUGGGGCGAGGCCUCCUCAUAGCAUGCAACCACUUUCUUUGACGAGUUUUCUUCUCAUUUUGGGUCCAUAAUAUCCCUAAAUCAUACGAUAAUACCCAUUAGCAUAAAAUCAUAAUAUUAGCCGAGUUGAGUAUUAAUUAAUGGUGAUGUUUGGCCAGAUAGAGUGCACAUCGACAGUUCCGCUGUCUAAUUAGCUCAUCUGCAUAAGCCUCGGUUGAGAGAGUAACUUAAUACCUAUGUUGGUGGGAGGUGGUUUGUACUAGGUGAAAUUAGUCAAGGUCUAUGCAAGCUGGCCUGGACACCACCAUCAUAAAAAAUAAAGAAAAGAAAGGGAGCGUUUUUUUUUUUCUUUCUCUGGGUCCGACUACUAAUUGAAAAUUUAGUGAAUUUGUUUGAUGUCUUGUUUUGCUUUGAGGAACUUGGCCUUUUGGGUACAUAUUCCUUUUCUUACCAAAACAUAAAUUGCAAGGUACAAAAAUAAUUGAGAGAAAGUCAAUUUUUUGACUCGAUGGAUUUUUUUGUAAUAGCAUUCAUUGAAGAGAUGGCUGGCCCUUAAAUGUGGGAUAUGCUUAUUUCAUGAUUUUAUUUUUAGUUUGAAGGUGGGGUGUGACUUCUCUUUGGGGUUUAUCUUUAACAUUGGCAUGAUUUCUUGGUUUCCUAAUUGUUGAUUUUUUGAACCUGCUCUCUUUGAUAAUAUUCUUCAUAAAUUAAUUUCCUAAUUCAUAUUUUUCAUGUUUAUCCGGUAUUAGCAGAGAUUAAUAACCCAAAGAUUACUUUACCUGGAGGAUGGGUGACGAUGCUUUUGAUGGCAAGCUAUUGUCAGAAAAAUUGUCUAAGCUUAACAGUUCACAACAAAGCAUAGAAUCUUUAUCACGAUGGUGCAUUUCACAUCGUAAGAAAGCCAAGCAGGUCGUUGAAACGUGGGAUAAAUCAUUCAGAUCUGCACAGAGGGAUCAGCGUGUUUCAUUUCUGUAUUUAGCCAAUGAUAUUCUGCAAAAUAGUCGGCGCAAGGGUAGUGAGUUUGUUAAUGAGUUCUGGAAGGUCCUUCCUGCAUCUCUGAAGCUUGUUUCUGAAACCGGUGAUGAAAAUGGGAAGAAAGUGGCUUCUAGACUGGUUGAUAUAUGGGAAGAGAGAAAAGUUUUUGGAUCCAGGGGUCAGAAUCUUAAAGACGAAGUGUUGGGCAAGAAGAGUUCGGCUCCGUCAGUAAGCAAUGGGAAGAGCUCAAAUCCUAUCAAAGUUGUUAAAAAGGAUGCUCACUCAGUAAGGAUGAAAUUGGCUGUUGGCUGUACUCCAGAAAAAAUCGUAACAGCAUUCCAACUGGUUCAUGAUGAAAAUGUGAAUGAGGAAGAUGCUUUGAACAAGUGUAAAGAUGCAGUUUUUCGUGUUGGAGAAAUGGGAAGAGAUAUUGAUAACCUUUCCUCUCAAGGAAAUCUCCAGGGUUCUGAAUUGAUGGAUAAGAUGCAAGAGCAAGAAAACAUACUUGAGCAAUGCAUCAGCCACCUUGAGAAUGCUGAAUCAUUGAGGGUUACCUUGAUUUCUCAGCUGAAAGAUGCACUUCAAGACCAAGAAUCUAAGCUAGAGUUGUUACGCAUGGGGCUGCAGGUUGCGCGUGGUCAGAUUGAACUAGCGAAAAAUGGAAGACGGAGGCUGACAUCUCCCAGCAUUGCUGUUCCACCAUUGAAUACUGGUAACCUUCCAAUUGAAGUCACGAGAACAACUGAACCAACCCCACCUUCAGUGCCAUUAACCAAAAUACCACCACCUUUGCCUCCACCUCCACCUCCACCUCCCAAUCCUGCCACUUUUGCAAAUUCCAAAACUAAUGAAGAGGAAAGCAAAAGGUCGGUAGCAGCUGCUGUUGCUGCAAAACUUGCUGCUUCAACAUCUUCUGCUCAAAUGCUGACCUCUGUUCUUUCAUCCCUUGUUGCUGAAGAAGCUGCAUCACUGAGCAGUGGAUUGAAAUCAACUGGCUUCUCAUCCAGCUUACCUUUUGCAUCCCCAGAGAAACGGCUCAAGUUAGACAAGCCAAUGACUUUUUCUGAUGUGAACAGUUCUGAAGGGGGUAGCUCCGCUCGCUUAACUUCAUCACAGCAAUUGAUUACUAGCACUCCUCUUGCCCCGCCCUCGGUUUUGCAAUCUGUGUCCAAGUCAAACCAGAUGCAAGCUCCAUUCCUACCUCCACCACCUCCACCAACUUUACCUCCAGCAAGUCAGUUCGUUCAAUCUACAGCUAUGAUGAUGGGGGUGAUGCCAUAUGGAUAUAGUGCCGGGUUUCAACCACCUCUGUCUUCUCAAAUUGCAAUGGGCCCGGGGCCGGGGCCGGGGCCGAGGCCACCUCCACCACCCCAGCAAGCGCAACAGCCACAACUGCAGACUCAGCAGCCACAAUCUCAGCAGCAGCCUGCCAACAGUGGAUUUUAUCGUCCUCCUGGUAUUGGAUUCUAUGGACAGGCCCAUCAGCAGACGACUCCAGCAGCACCCCGACAGUAAAUCCCAUCGGAUUAGGGAGUGCAUGUUACAUUGUACAUUAAUAGUAAAAGUAGACUAGAUGUAGUUACUGUUUUCCUACUCUUUUCAUACUACUUCUGCACCCGACAUCCUCUGCAGUAGUACUUGUCACCCUAUUUUGUUUUAGUGUCGGGUGCUUUGCAUCCAUUUGAGCGUACCUGUAACACCUUAUGUAGGUGCUGUAAAAUUAGCUGUAGCUUGAGAGAUCCAUGUACUUAAAAUAUCCUUAGAACCAGAAGCAGAAAGGAACUUGUAGGUGAAAAUUUAACCUGUUUCUGCUU